UGACUUUAUGUCACUCAAGUUGAUAUUUUGGUGUAAAUUUAUUGAAGCAAAUGUAAAAUCUUCAAUGUGAUCUGUGUUAUUAUUAAUUAAUUAUUAUCUUUUUCUUAUAUAUUUUAAACAUAAUUCAAAGUUUCCUGUUUUCGAAGUUAUAUAGAGGUUAAAAACAUAUGACAUUUACUGACAAUUUCAUUUCUAUCACACUUAUUAUAUUCCCAGUUUAGUGUCUUUAAAAACAUAAUGACGGAGUUAACUGUUGGCGAUGUAAGAGAUUUAGAAGCGGUUGACAUUUUCCUAUUCUCUAAUGGCGAUCAUAACACUCCACCGAGGAAGUAUCAUCUGAAUACAGAUGCAUUUGUGAUGUGGGAUGACACACUGAAAAGCUUGGGGCGAUCACAUUUCGGAGUUGAUGAUACUGUUAUAGACAUUUAUACUAUUAGUGGACAUAAAAUUGACGACCCUUCACAAUUGAUCCAUCAGGCAGCGUACGUAGCCGUCAAACCUCCCGCGCCGUUCAUGCAAACCGGAUAUGAAAACUAUCUGAUCAGGGCAACUAAGUCGUGGGAAAAGAGGUUAUUAAAAAUAUCAAAUAGCAUGGACUCAGCAACAAAAGGUCCUCGUUAUCAUUAUAUAUAAUUACAAAGAAACAUAUUUUGUUAAAAAUUAAAAGGCUAAUUUUAUAUAUAGUUCAUAAUUAGUUGA